AUGAUGAAUUCCCUUAUGAUUAUUUGUGCUGUUGUCUUUUCAACAGCGUGGACUGACCUUCAGUGCCAGGCCUGUGAGGGUGAUCUGCCCCAGGAAGUGGUCUUGGACUGGUUAAAGAGACAAAUUCUGGAGGGACUACAGCUGGAUAAGCCUCCUGUGCUGACUCUACAGAGUCCAUCUGGUCACAGGGUACAUGUGGCAGCCCAUCAUGGAGCUCGGCGAGUACGCAGGGAGGUUCGGCUGGAGAGGAGGCAGCAUCAGGAGAUUUUCCAAAUCAUUCUGUUCCCCAGUUCUGAUAGCACCUGCCUGGACACAGUCUCAGUCACUUCUGAAGACUCACCCAGACACUUUACCUACUAUUUCCAGCCAUCUCUGGACAGGCAGGAGUCCAUUAUCACUUCAGUGGACUUCUGGUUCUAUGCUGGUGAAGCCAUUGCAGGAAAUACCACCUCUUUGCCACUUUACAUUCUCACAAUGCACCAGGAGCUAAUACUGUUAGCUCAAAGGCCAUCUAUAUGCAGCCCAGAUGGCUGGAGCACCUACAGGCUUGAGCGCCACUUCCACAGUGCCAUAACUAACGGGCCAUUCCUGCUACAGGUGCGAUGCCUAGCAUGUGGCUGCUACACUUCAGAAAAGGACAAAAUCCCUUUCCUACAUGUCUACAUCAGACCCCAUGGACUUGAGCGUGCUCGAAGAGCACCCAGCAUUGCCUGGUCACCAGCUAUCAUUGAGAAGCUCCAGAGGCCCUCACCUGAAAAAGAUGAUAAAUAUUGCAGGAGGGAGCAGAUUGAGAUAUCUUUUGAGGAAAUGGGCUGGGACAACUGGAUCAUCCACCCAAAAACUUUCAGCUUUUACUACUGCCAUGGGAACUGCUCAAGCCCUGAGUUAACAGCCACACUUCUGGGUAUGCGACAGUGCUGCGCACCUGUGCCCGAGAGCAUGAGAUCACUGCGUUUCACCACCACCUCAGACGGGGGAUUUUCAUUCAAAUAUGAGACACUGCCCAAUAUUAUACCUGAGGAGUGCAACUGCUUUUGA